UUAGUGUUGAUUGAUUGUCAGAAGGAAGGAAAUCGAAAGUAGGCUUGUGCAUCAAACUUAUAUAUAAAUAAUACAGGAAAUCUUAUUGGUCAUUUGAUGUGGUAAACAACAGAAGUACACAUCCUUAUGUUGUCUAGGAUCUUUAUAAAGUAAUUUUCUCCAUGCUUGUUACAUAACAUACAACAACUCACUGACAAAUAUAAAAUUAAAUAGGUUAAAAAAGAAGGCGUCAAACCAAGGACUUAAAUAGAUAUAUACGUCCCUGGUCAAACGUAGAAGACUUUUAGUAAAUAAAUAUGAUUUGAUAACGAUGUGGGGGAAACUACAAGGUGCUAUUGACAGGUUUUCUAAGAUUGCACAACCUGGUGAAGAACAAGAAGCAACAAACAGUAAACCAAGAAAAUUCACUUAUGGCCGUCCUGAAUUCUUGCAACUUAAUGAUGAUGAAGUACAAGUUUGUCAAGAUAUCUAUACACGACCUAUUAUUGUUCCUAGAGAUGAAAUGCUGUUACUUAGGACAUCUGGAUAUGCUGAGGUUAUAAAUGGUGGAAAAAGUAAAUUAAAUGAAGACCAAUCUACAUCUAAACAAUUUUUUAUCAAGAAGAAAUCAGUAAGAAAUGGUGCAGCAUCCACAGAAAUUCCACUGGAACCAAUAACAGAUGGGGGACCAAUGAAUGAGAUUCCAGUGACCUACUUUGCAAUAUUUGAUGGACAUGCUGGCCCUGAUGCUGCAGUGAUGGCUUCUAAAUUGUUACAUAAACUUAUUGAGGAAAAGUUGAAUGGUGUAAAAGACUUUAUUUUUGAAAUAGCAGGUCCUACCAAAGGACAGCUUGGAGAUUCAAAGCACGAUUCAAAAUCCAUAUCUAUCCAUAGUUUAGUCAUUGGUGCACUGGAACAAUCUUUCAUUUCAAUGGACCAACAAAUAAUAGACGAGAAACAGAACUAUACAAUAUCAGGAGGUUGUGCUGUAAUUGUUGCUUUAUUUUUACUGGGUAAACUCUACAUUGCCAAUGCUGGGGAUUGCAGAGCAAUCUACUGUAACAAGAAAGUAACUGUACAGUUAUCCAAUGAUAUGACACCUCAUUAUGAAAGACAGAGGAUAAUGAUACAGGCCAUGACACGUCCAGAAUUAAUUGGAGAAGACUUCACUUACAACGAAUAUACAAGACGAAUAACCAGGAACGAUAUUGGGAAAAGAAUACUGUAUAGAGGGCCAAUGAUGACUGGAUGGUCUUACAAAGUAGCUGAUGAAGAUGAUUUGAAAGUCCCAUUAAUAUUUAAACUUGGAGGAAAGUCGAGACUUAUGCAGACCAUUGGUGUUUCUAGAGGUUUUGGGGACCAUGAUUUGAGAGUUUUCGAUUCAAGAAUAUAUUUAAAACCACUUUUGUCUGCUGUUCCAGAGGUAAAGGUAUUUGAUCUGAAAUCCAAUGUAGAAGAUGCUGUAUUAGUAAUGGCGUCUGAUGGAUUAUGGGAUGUUAUAACAACAGAAGAUGUGAGAACUACUGUAUAUAAUGUGUUGAAUCAGAGUAGGAAGGAUGAUCCUAAAAGAUUUAAUGCAGUUGCUCAAGAAUUAGUGAUGCAAGCCAGAGGUACCCCAAUCCAUGGAAUGAAUGGUUGGACUAAGAAAGAUGGAACUGCUGGAUCUUUUGAUGAUAUUACAGUAUUAGUUAUACCAUUGGGAGAUGGGGUGUAAUUUUUGUGCAAUCAAAUUUUUAUUGGACUGGAUGGAUAUUUGAUGUACAAUUGUGUAUCCAGGUGCAUAUAAAAUGAAAAAAUGUGUUCAUAUAAAGAUGUGAUGAAAGUCUAGUCAACAUGAGAAUCAAAACUUCCAUAGUAUUGCCCUACUGAAACUUGAUGUUCUAUAUUACCUUAAAAAUGUCUUGAUAAUUGUUUUAAUGUUUUCAUAUUUUAAGCAUUCCAAAUAAUUUGAUACUUUAAAUAAAGUCUUGUUCCCAAGGGUCUUAUAAGCAAGUAUACCUACAUAAAACUAAAGAAUGAUGAUAAUACUUGGUAUACAGUUGUAUGGUCAUUGGCAAUUCUCAUUCCUAAAUGGAUCAUUUAGUUCAUUGUCUUUAAAAAGUUUUUCAUUGUAACAAGUUAAAGUGUUGCCAUUUUAAUUUCUUCAUUUGCAUUAUACUGUCAAAGCUACAUAUAUGCCACAGUGUCAACAGUUUAUUACAUAUUGGGAUAAUUUUAGAUGUUUAGCAGUACUUUUUAUGUAGGGUGUCCAUUUAUUUUCCAAUUGGACCAAUUUUAGCCAAUUUUGCUCCUCAGACUUAUUGUUUGUGAUUUUUCCAACAUGAUUGGAUAUAAACUUUUCUUGCUGGCAUUCAAAUAGAUGCUGCCUAAAUAUUAGAUUCACUGCACCUGCUUUCUUCACAGCAUGCUUGGCUUAGCACAGAUAUUUGUUUAUGAAAAUGUUAACCUUGUUGAUGUCAUACAUUUGUUAUACUGGUUUAUUCUUCUAAAUAUGAUAGUAUUUAUUGAUUGUGAAUCAAUCCCAAUGUAUGGUUGGUUGUGAUUUUAUGCAUGCAAGUAACAAAAAAUAUUAAUUAAGCAAUUUUUCAUUUUUUCUGCACCUUUUUUGUGUGCAAUUUAAAGCAUACACUGAAAUAUUUCAAUCCAGCACAAUUUGUUAUAAUGUAGGACCUAAAGAUGCUUAAGGUCAAGUGUAGUUUGAACUGUAACAUGAUUUCAAUGGAGAAGCUGAGUUAUAUUGUAAUUUACAGUUUAAUUAUCAAUGAUUAUGUUUGUUAGAAGAAAAAUUUUUGGUAAAUGGAACCUGCAGUUUGUUUUUGUUUUUGACACAAGUGAAAAUUGUUUCUAAUUAUUGUUGGGUUUUUUAAAACCACAAGAAACCGUUUUAUAUUUUCACCUUGAUUUUUACACAGGAUGGUGUGUUAAAAGAAUGUACAAUUUUAUCCAAUAUAGUGCCAAAACUUAAUUGUGCCAACAUUUAUUGAUAUGCAGGCAAUCUUUAUUGUCUUAACAACAUAAAUUACUAAUUAAAUUAUAAUGUGAUUUCUGAAAUGAGAAAAUACUUUUAAAAUAUCUACAAUUAUAAAAAAAGGUGUUUCUAAAAAUAUGAAUUAUGUGGAAUUAAACAAUUCGAAAUAUCCUAUUUCAUUAUUAAUUUGCCGAAUAACAUACUUUAGAAGUUCAUAAGACAUUACAAUGUAUCACUUUUAAUCAUCAAUAAUUUGUGUUUAUACAUGUUUAAAUAAGGGCUUUGAACCUUAUGCAUUUUGUGUCAAACUACAAAACAUUGCCAUUAAUUAUAUUUAGAUGUGAUCUAAGGCUUUACUCAAAGUAUAUUUUGGUGGGAGAUGUAAUUUUGAUACCAAGAUGCAAAUAUGUGUAAAAUAUCUUUUUGUUUUCAGCCUUGUCUCAUAUCUAUUUUGACCAAAAACCAUUUGUUAAAUGACCAUAAUCGGCCAAUAUGUCAAUUUUUACAUGUUAAUGAUAUCAUAGAAUCAUCGCUAGUGACCUUUAUGCACUAAAAGUAUAGCAACAUGUUCAUUUAUGCAUAAUAUUAACAUAAUAUAGAAAGUCGUGAAUAUUUUUCUUUUUUUUUUUCAAUUUAAGGGGCCAAAUAAUGAAACUAAUCAUACCUUCUUCUUUAAAUCUUCUUCAAAAUUGUUAUUGAGUUAGAUUUCCCUACCCAUGUUAUGGGCACAAGACAGGUAGUCACUUCACCAGUCGGCAUACAAAUUAAACAAUUUAAAAAAGAAUGGUUUGUCAUUGUCUGUAGAAACACAUUUGGUUAAAACUUUUAACUUAUAAUCAACAAAAACUGUUAAAUAACCUUUUUUAGAUCUUGUUAUUACUAUUAAGAAAUGAUCAACAUAUAAACCCCAAAAGAUGUUUUGCUUCAAAAUAUAGUUUACAUAAAUGUUAAUGUUAAAAAAAUUCAGGGUAAAACUUGCUCAUAGAAAUUUUGACAAAAAACUAUGCAUAAAAUACACAGGCAGUUGUCUCAAAAAAAAGAGAUGAAUGCAAAAAAACAUCCCAUUGACAGACUUCUGAGGCCUGCUUCUAAUGAUCCUGACAACAAUGAUAGUCGUGUCAUAUACCAUUGUGUAGAUAAAUCAAUUUAGAUAUACGGCAUAUGAAGUUUAGGUAGGUUUGACAACCGAGAAAUAAAAAAAAUAACGGAAAUUUGGGACUGGGUGUCAUUAUUCAAAAAAAUAGUUAAGUACCUUGUGUUAUAUUAAGGUAUAUAGGGGAAAAAAAUUGAGACAAGUGCCUGUGAUGAAAUAGCCAUAUAGAUCAAAUACAUAAAUUUCGACAUUUUUUUUAGUUAUAUCAGAAAUGACCUUUCUGCAUUAAUGUGUCCAAUUUUAUUUUAAUCUCUCCAGUUUUCUAUAACAUACUUUUGAAAGGCUUGAAUAGAUUAACUUUUUAUUUUGCAAUUAAAGGAGCCAAAUAAUUGCCCUGAUCUUUUUUCCUCCUUUUUCAAACUAGGAUAUUCUCUCAUAUGUACAUAUGUAUACACCAUCAAAGUUACAAAAACAAGGUAAUAAAAUGCUGAUAAGUAGACUAGAAAAGGAUUAACCAAUUUAAAGGUUCCACAAAUGAGAUGAAUAUCUGUUAUUUUUGCAUUUAGAGAUUGUAUCGUUAAGAGGAUCUAUCCACAUAGUGUCAGUUUGUUAUGUUAACUCUUGUUUCAUUUCAGUAGUGGUUAUUGUUAUUUCAUCAUCCAUUUUUUCCAGUAUUAUUUAAUGAGUAGUGUAGUUAUAAAUUCCCAUUGGUGGCCAUUGGCUGUUUUCUGUUUUCUUUGGUACGGUUGAUCUCUCUUUUAAAUCAUUCCCAGUUUUCAUUCUCAAUUUUAUUUCAUGAAGCAGAAGGAAAUAUACAAAUUUGUAUAUGGCAAAACAUAAUUUAAAACUUUUAGAUUCAUGUUGAUAUACAUUUAGGAGAUGUAAACCCUUUGACAUUCACAGUGUAUUUCAUUCUAUAUGGAAACUGCCCAGGGAAAGUCAUUUACAGUCUCAAAAUCACCGAAUUAUAUCUUUUA